GCCCCGCCAGUGGGUCAGCAUGGCGGGCCCCGCUUGUACCAGGUACAUGUGCUGAGAGAAGGCUAAGAGCACCGUCGCUUACAAGCCCCCAACACGUACACACUGGGCCUCCUCAUCCCGCACCCGGAGGUGGCCCGGCGCGGGAGCUGGGGAGGGUCUUCCGAACUACCAUCGGGAUACGGGGGUCGAGGGUGUCAUAUGCAGACAGUAUCCGCCCGCACCCCAUGGGGAGGCCCGGCUUGGCCACACGCUCCUUCUCCCAGCGCAGGUUUGAGUCCGGACGGGCGGGAAAAGCCGUUGAGAGAAACCGAACAGGGGAGAGGACGGCUCGCGCGCGCGGGGCAAGGGAGUAAGACGGAGUAGGACGGGCGCGCGCACGCUGCUUCCGGCAGGGGCGGCGCGUGCGCCGUAGGAGGCGCUUACCUCAUGGUCAGCUGUCAGCCCCGGCGUCGGAGCUGGCCUGAUUUCCGGGGGUGGGGCCAGAGCGCGAAGGACGCUGCCCGGAGCCCGGCCCAUCCCACCCCUUAGCUGCCAGGCGCCGCCGGCUGCCGGCAUUCAUCCGAGACCGCGGGACGCGGAGACCGGGCCCCGCGAGAGGAGACCGCACAGACCCUCCGACUCCAUUCCCUAUGAUUCAAGAAACUUUCAAGGACCAAUGAACCCCAUAGCUCAUGGAAGAAAAAAAUCAUAUCAGGACAUCCUUGGUUUCCAAGUUACCGAAGUAUGGAACAAAAUCUUUGGGGAGCACCAUACAGCCAAUGCCAAAUAGGACAGCUGUUCCCUUGUCAGGGAAUUCUCAUAGCAGUAGUGGCAAAAAUUGCAGCAAGCACAAUGGCACUGUUCGUAUGUCUUCCUUUGCUUUUAGCUGGCAAAAAUCAAAUAAAUAUCAACUUGGUGAUCAAAGUGGUGGUGAGUCUAACUCUGCCCAGAAUUCCAAUGAAAAACUAGUUGAUUCUGAGAAGUAUCCUCCUUCUCAAGGAGGAUUUGGUAAAGAUGUGCUCAGGGUGGGUUUGAACAGCACCUCUUCAGUAGCAUCAAAAACAGCAAAGCAAGUCAACAUGUUUGUGUCCUCUACAGAAGAAUUAAACCAAAAGUCUUUGCCUGGACUGUCUAGUUCAGUGAAAUUUACCAAAGGUACGUUAUUUGGCAGGACUUCGUAUUCUGGAAUCAGUGCUCCAAAAUCACAUUUAAAUGGGUUUUAUGGAAAUAGGCCAUCUGUAGACUUGAAGAGGUGUAGAAUUAACUCCAGUGCCACCAGAACCAGUUCAGGAGAGAGUCUGGCGCAAUCCACAGACAAUGCUAAAUCUUUUUCCUGUGAAAAAAUGGUUAGAUCACAAAGUUUUUCACAUUCCAUUCAGAAUUCUUUCCUAUCUGCUGGAUCCUUAACCAGAUCACAUUCCUUCAAUAAAGCUGUAGAUCUUACAAGGCCUUAUCAAAAACAGCACCUGGCUAUUAGAGCAUCUCAGAGGUCAACUCUGUUGUCAAGAAAUGCCCAACAGUUGGAUGUACCCAGUGGAAAUGAACCUUUAAGAUAUGGAUUUAGCAGGCCGUACACUUCUAUAUCAACCUCUGGUUUAAAGAAGCCACUGCUCUCAAAUGGAUCUGGGGCAUCGCCCUCUUUGGGGUAUGGAAUGGGUCGUCCUUCUUUACUGAAACCUACCAGACAGCAGUUUACUGGAAAGAUCAUUGUGGAUGACAGCAAAGGUACAAAUACUGACAUGUGCAUAGUGAAGGUCUCCGAGGUUACGGUAAAUGUCAACGGAGCCAUUGAGAAAAAAGACAUAGAAAAUGACAGUCGAAGAACAGAAUGUGGUGAAGCCCUUCAUGACAGUCUGGGGAAGCAUGGCUCUAAAGUCAUAUGCAUGAAUGAUGAAGUGGAUGAAAUAUCCAUAUCUUCCUUGUCCUCUUCUGAGAAGAAUGACCUGAGUGAAGACUUCAGCGAUGACUUCAUAGAUCUAGAAGAUUUAAACAGAACAAUACAAGUGAAGCAAAAAGAAGUCCCUAUUGAAGAGUUAUUGAAUGGAGGUGCAACACCAGUAGAUCCAGUCACUUCUCUCAAGGAAGGUGAAAGGCCUCAUUGUAACACCGAUGAAUGGCUAGAUAUGGAUGUUUCUGUAGAUGACAAGAAUGAAAGCACAAAGCAUACUAUUGGGGACAACUUGAUUUCUCCGGACGUGGACUACAGAGCUGGCUCCUCUUUUGAACUUUCUCCAUCUGAUAGUUCCGAUGGAACAUAUAUGUGGGACGAAGAAGGGUUGGAGCCCAUUGGGAGUGUCCAUCCAUGUGGAAGUUAUGAGUCUUCAGAAAUGAACAGCAUAGAUAUCUUGAAUAACCUUGAUUCGUGUGAUCUCGAAGAUGAUGAUCUCAUGCUUGAUGUGGACCUACCUGAGGACACACCUUGUGACAAUGUGGACUGUGAAAAUAUGAAUCGUUAUGAUAGACAAGACAGAAAUACACGACAGCAGCAGGAUGGAUUCUGGAAGAAGACACCGCAGCAUUGGAGUGCACAAGACCACUGUCACUUUGGCCAUGUAGACCACUUUCCACAUGGUAAAAAUGACCUGAGCAGGGGCUCCAGCCACUUAGACCCUUCUAUUGGUCACUUUGAAGGCUAUGCAGCACCAAACAUCUACCAGACUCCUAGACAGUUGGUGGGCUUACGGGAGAAUACAGUGAUGCUUGAUGAAAUGACCCUUCGGCAUAUGGUUCAAGAUUGCACAGCUGUAAAAACUCAGUUACUAAAACUGAAAAGAUUACUGCACCAGAAUGAUGAGAAUGUCUCUCUUCAGGACAUCCCACUCUCAAUACCAUCAAGCUCAGAACCACAGGAUGUUGAGCCUAUAUAUAAGACUGAAGAUCUGCUAAAUGAGAUCAGGCAGCUUAAAGAAGAUCUGAAGAAAAAAGAUGAAACAAUCAAACGAUUAGAGCACCAGCUUGCAACUAGGUGUAACUGUCACAAAGAUGGCCAAAAACCUAAAGGGACGAUGUGCACAUAUGCUGACAAAUUCACACAAACCUCCUGCAGGAGAAGUUCUGGUGGGUAUUCUGCUCCCUCCUUCUCUCCCUGGCAGGGCUCAUUCCAGGGCAUCCCUCGGACUGUUCCACCGCACCGCAGACAGAGAGUUGAGAAGUUAGUCCAUUACUUCUGUGAUAAAGCGUGCCUCAAGUACUACAGCCUUCCAGCAGCCUUCCCAGUUCCACAGACCUCGCCCAGGAAAAAUUAAUAAAAACACCACAUAUCGAGGCCCACAGUGAAUACCCCAAACAGGGCCUGCAUGAAAACAAUCAUCCCAAUCAAAAUGCUGCAAAUGGCUCUCACACAAAUAGCCUGAAUGAGUUGAACAUUUUACUGAGUAAACGUUUAAAUAUAAAGGACCUGAAUGAGAAUGAACCUUUUGAGGAGAAUUUGAAGGUUAAAAAGAGUGCUAAAGAACCUGAAGAGCUGGCUAGUAAUGAAGAUAGUACACUACAGUCUCUUCUUCCUUGUUUUCAGACUCCUACCCAAAUGGAUGCUAGAGAUGUGCAGACUAAGUUAGCUGUGAAAAGUCAACCUUCAUCCUCAAACCAGGCUUCUCAGCCAAAGACUUUAAGAGCUUCAGAGCCCCCAAACCAGAAUGCUUUAGUGCCUCCUACGGUAGCCAAUACUGCAUCAUCCCCAAACUGCUCCACUGCUUCCAAGGCUGAACUACCACCAUCAAGUAGUGCAAAACAGCUACAACCAACAUCUAGUCAGACACACCUAAAGAGUAAACUGAGUCAGAGAAUUUCUAAACUUCGCCCACCAACUAUUUCCUUUGUUAAAUCUAAACAAAUAAGCAGCCCAAUGCUUAUAUCUCCAGAACCUCAGAACUCCCAUUCCAAGACUAACAUCCCAAGGCCGCUGCCACAACGAAAGGAAAAUGUGCAAAAUCAGAAUACUGGUUUGCGUUCUGGGGAUAGUUUGGUCUCUAAUCGGCAUUCCCGCCUCCCUAAACCAAAGACUCAUUAAAAACAUGACAUCCAUAUGCACGUCUCAUUGGAAUGAAUCGUAUAUCAAUUGCUUACCACAUAUUGACUACUUUAGUUAUGGCUUUAUUCAAAUCCUGAAUGAAUAUUAAAAGUAGAAUCUAUCAUUAAUAUUUGCCUAUUCCCAUCUGACCUGUUUGGAAGUUGAAGCUAUCAAAAACUGUGCAGCUUCUCUUAAGAGAACAUAAUGGUUUAUACGUAACUAUACCUGUGGCCUGCAUUAGCAACUUGAUUACAUUACCCUUCUGUCUCUCUUAAUACUUAACAAAUGCUGAAGCCUGUGAUGACCACUAAACACUUUUCCAGGGUGCUUCACUAGGCAUUUGAGGAGGGCAGGUUGCUCACAGAAAUCAUUUCUUGUUUUUAUUGAUGUGGACUAUCAGACAGGGAAAUCACUAUUCAAUCUAAUCUUUCGGUUCUGACUACCAGUUAGGUUUAUAGCAGUGGAAAAUAGAGACCUAAUCUAUUAGCAUAUUUUUCCUGGCCAUAAUUUACUCUGUAUUUCAGAGGCCUAUGCAAAGUCUUCAUAUUUAUCAAAAUUAUCUCAUGACACUAGUGACAUGUAUUUAAUGUUGUUUUAAUCUAGAUUUGUUUUCUCACAGGUAUCAGAAUGUUGCUCUAUUUGCUUUUGAGCUCAUCUUCACCAUUCACAGAUGGCAAGCAGAUCUCACAGGGUGAAAGGGCUCUUAUUGCACAGAAAUAUCAAUCCAUCCAUGCAGUGUAGUAUACUUUUGUGUUAUUUAAUAGACAUUGGGUAAAUUUUUGAAACAGUGCGCUAAGGAUACUUGUGCAAAAACCUGCUAAUGCAGGUGCUUUUGAGAUGGUGUAUAAUGAGCCUUGGGGAUAUGGGGUCCAUGACACCUAUGCUGAGAGUUUCACAACAUCUAUUUUAAUUAAGAACUUUUAACUUUAUUGUACUAUUUUUGUAUUUGACUUCCUGUUUACUAUUGGAAAACUCUGAAGAAUCAGACUUGAAAUGUUUGCACAAAACUUGGGUGUAUAUGUAGGUAUUUGAAAUUAUUUUACAUAAUUUUUUUUUAAACUACUUUUUACUAAAACCCGCAGCUUUGCUUUGAGCAAUCCUAUGAUGUCAUAAUCAGAGCUGGUACUCUGAGUAUUUCAGAGAAGGGUACUUUUUUUUUCCCCCCCUGGGAAGGAACUCGGUGGGGAAAUAAAAUAAGGAAAGAUAUUUCUGCUCUCUCUGGGAAGGUAUUCUCUCUGAAGGUGGUCUUCAAAUAUUUGUCAGGUGGCAGCUGUGGGGGCAUAAAAUUUGUAAAUGCACACGCUAUGGAUUGAGUAAGUGCAUAUCCAGCAGUGUUCCAAAGAUUUACCCUUGUAUCCCACACAAUCGUAGUAUCUUGUUUUCUUCAGCUUAUAUGUACCUGACACUCAGGUAGCAGAACACUGUCAGAAUUAGAAUUUUCAAAAAAAAUUUACGCUCGUGUGUGUAAUAAAACAGAGAAACAAGACACAAUAACACUAUUCUAGGCCUUUGCUGAAGGAAGAUUAUAGUACACUUUUCCAUAUAUUGUGUAUGUAUACAUCCACAGGAACCUUCAAUAAUAAAUUUUGCACACACCCCCCCCAGCCAAGAAUGGCUAUUCCCAGUGAAAAAACAAGUGACCUAAACUUUUGAAUAGAUGGUGCAUGAACAAUGCAAAGUGCUCUCAUUGUUUUCUUUUAAUCAGCAGUGAGGUGAAAAAAUCCAUAAGUACACUUAGUUUAAUUUAAUCUGUUCAUUUCACAUAUAGUUAUACAGUUCUGAAAUAAAACCGAACCAUGUUUUUUGUUAAUUCAUAUAAAAAAAAUCUACUUAGCAUUAAUAUUCAGUAGCUGUUAUAUAAAUUGAUCAAAAUAAGUCUAAGCACAAGACUACUGUUGUAAUUAAGUUUUUUCCUUCUAGAAAGGCCCUGAAUAUCCUGUUUGCUGUCCAGAAGCAGAGUAGGCCUUAAUAUUUGAGGGGUAAAUAAAACUGAUUUUGUAUAUAUUUAUAAAAUUAACUCCUGACAGUAGACUGUGUUGCUCCAGAGUUUGAAAACUGCUGAUGAAAUGGUCAGGUUCUUGGUUCAUUUUCAGGUCUGUAUAGAUUUUUAUGGAAAUUUUGAAAGCUGGCUUUCCUUAAAGGGAAGGUGAUUUUAUUUUUAAUUUUAUACAGUUUGUCUAAGGAGAGACUAUUUUCAUUUAAAGGAAUGCUAUCGGUGUAGAGAAAUUUCAGAGUGGAUUAUCUUAUUCCCAUCUCCCCCCGCUCCACCCCAAGUUUCCACCAAUCUGAUUAUCUUUUAAAUAGAUAGUAAAACAAAUUUUGAUUUUUUUAAAUCUGCACCUUUACUGAUUAAGUUACAAAGAAAAGAGCCCAUCAAGUUUUUCAUAGAAAUACAAAACUGUUGAGAUCAAAUUUUUUUUCAAAAAAAAGUGGUUCUUCCUGUGUGUAUAGAAACUUUAACAUAUUCCUUGAUGUGAAAAUAUAUAUAUACAUGCACAUAUUCACACUUCCUGUUUUAUCGUAACAGACUAGUAAAUAAGAAAUGGAGCCAUGGGUAGUAGAGUUGCUAUAUGUACAAGACCAUGCUGCUAAUCUAAAUUGUAGUUGUCUUGAGUUGAAACUCUGCUAAACAUUCAUUCACCUAAAUACAAGUACAUAUUUCUGCUACUAUCAUGCCUUUACCAAGGAUGGUUCCAAUGUAUGUAUAGAAAGUCCAGAGUGUGCCGUAAAGCUUGUUAGUUGAUGAACAACUGAAAGAGGUAAUGAGGUGAAGCUGAAGUCUCACUCCAGUGAAAGGAAAAAAAAAUGUUGGUGCUAUAUGGAACUCGAAGUCUAAAAUGGAAGAAAUGACCUUAUUUAAAAGAUGGAGAUGUUUCAUGUACUGGUAUAGAUGAUUCUAAAUGCAUAAAAUAAAGGGUUAGAUGUAUCUGAACUUUUUUUAGGUUUCUAAAAUUGGUUAUUGCUGACUUUCAUCCGUUUCAGGUCUGACAUUUUGUGCAGUACUCACAAAAGUAUUAAACUACUGUUCAGUAUAAUGUCUAUAAAGCAGAAACAAAACAAGUUGCAUAUUUUAUCAAGUGAAAACACAAAAUGAGAAGAAAAAAAUAAAUUGCACUUUAAAUGAGCUUUAUUGCUUGGAGUUGUGCCUAAAAUAAUAUAAAUGCCUCCUGUUUGUGUGUGGCUUUUUUGUUUGAACCUAAUUUUCCUGCAAGUGUUGCUGUUUCCAAGAUAUCUUUAUAUCACCUAGCAGAAUUAAUGUACACUCUAGCAUGUAAGAAUAUCCAUAUAGUGUGGCAAGUUUUCAUUGUAUUUUUUUUAAAUCAUGGAAUUUUAACACCAAUGCAAGACCCUCCUACCCUUCCCCCCCUCCAGCUGGUACUUCCUUAAUCUCAUUUUAAGUCAAUGGCAAAACUUUCAUGGGACUAAUAUUUAGCCCUUGGAGAAUAAUGUUCCUAGAGUAUAUAUUGUGGAGAUGUUAAGAACCAUAUGCAAUACUAACCCAGGGGGUUGGUGAAAGUAAUCAUUUACCAUAGCCACUGAAAGUCUUUUCACAUAGUUCAUAUAAAAAUGGUUUUAGAGUUCAAAAUCAGACUGCAAGGAGGUUCAAUUAGACUGCGUUAUAGAUCAGUAAAAGGCAGUCCAUUUUUGGUCUUAACUGCUGACUUAUUGUAAAGAAGCUAGAAGACUUGAAUACUAUUUGAGUGGUUUAUUUUGUUAUUUGCAUGUCAUUACCAUAAGGCAUCCAUAUAGUGGUUUAUUGCAUGUGUGGGGUGGGGGAAGUUUCAGUUUUUGCACAGCACAUAAUACUCUUACCAUUCUCAUACCAUUAAAA